GUACUGUGUUUGGAUGAGUGCACUGCCAGUGUUGACACUCAAACAGCAUCAGUUCUACAGAGUGCCAUUUCUAGUGAAUGUAAAGGCAUGACAGUGAUCACAAUUGCACACCGCAUUUCCACCGUCCUAAACAUGGACAACAUCCUUGUUCUUGACCAAGGAAUCCUGGUUGAACAUGGGAACCCACAAGUCCUACUACAAGAGGAGUCUUCCAGAUUUUCAUGUUUUGCUAAAGCUUCCACAAUGUGAAGAGCUGAUCAAUUAUACUAACAAACUCCAUUGCUAGGGUCAUGCAACUCACUGCCAGUUUAUUUUGACAGAUUAGAUCUACUUAUUUUUUCUAAUAUAUGUGCUUAAUUUAUAUCAUGGUUGAUUUUAAGUUCAUGUGGCUGUAAAAUGGUUGACUAGCAGGAUUAAUGGCCCGACAGUACAUGCCAUUGCAAAUAUUAUUAUUAUUCAAACCCUUUUACUAA